AUGUUAACUAAACCAUUCAACAAUUUACGUUUCAUUUUCAUCAUUUUAUUGGCUGAAAAUUCACCGAUCCUCUUUGGUCGGCAAGUAUUCCUAAAAGGUGAUAUAAUGCUUGGAGGCCUCUUCCCCGUGCAUGAAGCAGGCCUCAACGGUUCUGAAUGUGGAGUUCUGAAAGCAGCGCAAGGUGUACAACGUCUCCAAGCAAUGAUCUAUGCACUUGAUUUGGUUAACAACGAUGAGACAAUUUUGCCUGGCAUUGUGCUCGGCGCACAGAUACUUGACACAUGCUCAACUGAUUCGUAUGCGCUGGAACAAACGCUGGUAUUCAUUAAGACGAUAAUGUCGCAAGAGAACGAGAUUUACUGCUCUGAUGGUUCCAAGCCAAUCUAUCAACAUCAUCCAGUUACAGCUGUUAUUGGUGCUGCCAGUAGUCAAGUUUCUGUUAUGGUAGCAUCUAUGCUACAACUAUUUAAAGUGCCUCAAAUAAGUUAUUCUUCAACGGGCAGUGAGCUUAGCGAGAAACCAAGGUUU